AUGCAUUCCGUCCAUCACACGGACGUACCCCGGUGCUGGAGACGGUUGUUUACGGACGUCACAUUAUUAAUGGUCCUCGCCGAUUUACAACUUGAGCCUUCUUCGAACCCGGACCUUUUUUAUAAGGGUCUCGUCGGCAGACUUGACGAGGCAAUUGUUAUAGCUAAUUCCCCAGGGAAAGGGCGGGUAGAUAUGUGUCACGACACUAUCGCGAGUAUUCAGGAGGAAUAUCUGCCCCUGAAAGACCCAGCAGGUCCCUCUACGUCGCCCGCCGGGCGUCAAUUCCCACUACCUUUAUCAUCAAGUCUCCACGUUCCCCGGCUAUUCGAGCCUCCUUCGGCCAUGGAUUUCCGGGAAUGGUAUUACACGAAGCCCUUCAUAAUAAAUAAAUAUGCAGCAGACUGGCCGGCAUGUGCCAAUUGGUGCAGUCCCCAAUACCUUCGAGCCGUCGGUGGCUUAGGGCGAAAGGUGCCUGUCGAGACGAUCUCAUCUUCUGGGGAGGACUAUACCUCAGAAUCCUGGACAACGUCACUAAUGGACUGGGAAGAAUUCCUCGAUGCUUUGUGCAGACCUCCAUUGAAUAAAAAUCUCCUAAAUCAACCACCCGUUGAGGAAUGGUCUGGGCCGAGCCACUAUCUAGCACAACAUGACCUCAUCAAUCAGUUUCCGGAGCUUCGGGGGGACAUUAUCGUACCUGAUUAUGUCUAUUCUGGCGUUCAACCGCCUUCUGAUCAGUUCCUCAAGUACCAUCCUCCCAACGUUGAAGGCAAUCUAGUGAUCAACAACUGGAUAGGACCCAAAGGGACAAUCACUCCCGCUCACAUCGAUCCCUACUUUAAUUGUUAUGUGCAAGUAGUUGGUAAAAAGACCGUGUGGCUUGCACCUACCCGCUUCAAGGAAGAGAUGUACCCCUAUCCGAACACCAAAGCCGAUGGCCAAGCCACUUUGACAAUUGAACGGAAACCAGCUAACUGCCUAUCUGAAACACAAGCCUCCCUGAUCCUCCCCCAAUCCACACCUUCAAUAACCCCCCCUGCACCAGCAGCAACCUCAGACCCUGUCGCUUCUCGAUCACCACAAAAGCCCGUAUCAUCCUCAUCGAUGCUUUCAAACACCAGCCGCGUUCCCGUCUUUUCACUGACCAGUAGUUCUCGAGAGAAGUUCCCGAAGUUUUUUAGCCAUGUCCAGCCCCAAGCAAUGAGUGCUGUGCUCGAACCUGGUGACCUUCUGUUCUUCCCUCCUGGUUGGUGGCAUGCCAUGAGAAGCGAGGAGACAAGCGCCAGCGUAUCGAUGUGGUUUUGAAAGUGUCCUUCGUCCACCUUCUCCUAAACAUAAUUCCCAUGAUCUUCACGGUACAACUAUGACUUGGCCCGCAUUCCUCAUUAGUAUUCUCUCGUCACGAUUGGAUUAUGGACGUACGCAUGUUGCCUGUGGCCGUUGCCGUUCUCCCACACUCAGAUAAUAAUAUUGCACGAUCGAUGACUCAGCACU